UCUGUCAAAAUCAUUAGUAAAAUCAAACGUCAAACUUCAUUGGGUAACAUAAAACUGCAAAUUAUCACGAGUUUUACCUUCUCUCCUAAUCCAAAACUACGAUUUUAAACUAAUAUGGUGCGGUUAUCUGCUGCUCUCUUGCGUGUGCCGGUGAUUAAGUUCCGGAAGGGUGGUUUGGGGCGCUCGGGCGGGCAUGCACCCGCAGCGGCUGCAUCGCCUAUGGCUAAACCUUCUGCUUCUGCGUCUUGUGCCUUCAGGCCGGCCGCAGCCCCAGGCCCAGCAGCACCACAAAUGAGCACCAGUGCCAUUCCAGACAUUGACCUGCCAGCCCGCUACAGAAGAAAACCCCUCUCUGACGAGGAGAUUGACCAGAUCAAUGGAGGAGGCAUUGUUUAGUUCACAAUUAUUAUCAUUAUUGUAGCUGAUCCACCAAAGCCGGCGGGGAAAAAAUGAACUAAACAAAUUACAUCUAUCAUUGUGUAAGUACAAUUAGUACAGUCACAUGCAACUGCUGCAACAAUAAAGAUAGUGUUAUAUAUGAAAAAAAAAUACUUGAGUUUUUUUAUUCCAUAACAAUUUGCAGAGAGUGGUUGUUACUCUUACCUUGCACUACACAAACUCACACAGGAAAUAAAAUAAGGAACUGUAAGAUAUUAGUGCAUGCUUUGCAAGUGACUGUACAUAAGUACAUACGAACAUUUGCUCGUAACCAUACUUUAAUUGAAGUAUUUACCCCAGCUGUGGUGGUUUGACCUGUAGGUUUUGAAAGUAGUUAAAAGUACCUCAAUUAUUUCAGAAAGAGAAAGCACUCAAAGCACAAUUUAUCAAACCGAAAAAGGAAGGACCUGUACCAUUGGCGACUAUUCAAAUACCUCGCGGUGUGUUGGUUCAGUCAGGAAAGAAAAAGAAACUAGUAUCCCUUAGUGUAACCAUUGGAAAGCAAAGGAAAAAGAAAUAACUAAAGUUGAAAAAAAAUAUUUUAUUGAAAAAAUAUAAAAUAACAUUUAUUACUAA